AAUAGCUAAGGGUUCUUCUUGAUUAGAGAGACUUCAAGCCUUAUUUACUGAAACGUUUAGCAAAAGCCAUUGGAGGUACAAAUAUGGCUGCAGAAAUACUACAUCUACAUGCUUUCCUACUAAUCAUCCAUUUCACCUUCUCUACUUCAUUCGACACCAUUACCUUAAAUCAACCCAUUAAAGAUGGUAACCUUCUACUCUCCGAAGAAAAGACUUUCACACUCGGGUUCUUUACUCCAGGAAAUUCCAGGUACAGAUAUCUAGGAAUAUGGUAUUAUAAAAUACCAAAACAAACAAUUGUGUGGGUAGCAAAUAGGAAUAGUCCAAUCAAUGGUUCCUCAGGAAUUCUUUCAGUUAACCGAGAUGGAAACCUCAAGCUAUAUAGCAACCAUGACCAACAAGUUCCAGUGUGGUCUACAAAUGUUUCAGUUGAAGUGAGCAGCACUUGUGUUGCUCAGCUCUUGGAUUCAGGAAAUUUAGUUUUGAUGGAAGAUGCAAGUAAAAGAGUUUUGUGGCAAAGCUUUGAUUAUCCUACAGAUACUAUGCUAUCAGGAAUGAAGCUGGGGUUGGAUCGAAAGACAGGUUUGCGUCGAUUCUUAACAUCAUGGAGAUCAGCAGAUGAUCCUGGAAUUGGAGAAUACUCGCUUGAACUCAAUCCCACAGGAUCUCCACAAGUCUUUCUCUACAAGGGUAGAAAGACUAUUUGGAGAACUAUUCCAUGGCGAACAGAAACUUAUGCGGAUGUAAGAAAUUACACUUUAGUUGAUAACCAAGAUGAGAUAUCCAUUUCCCAUUUUAUUAUCGACGAUUCUGUUAUCCUAAUUAUUGUGUUGGAUUAUUUAGGAAUUCACAGACAUCUAACAUGGUAUGAAAGUGAAGGUAAAUGGAACGAAAUAUGGUUAGCCCCAAAAUAUCAAUGUGGCACAUAUGGGCAUUGUGGCAGUUACAGUAAGUGUAAUCCAGCACUUGUUGAUCGUGUAUUUGAAUGCGAUUGUUUACCUGGGUUCGAACCAAAAAAUACAAGGGUUUGGAAUAUUCUAAGAGAUGGUUCAGGUGGGUGUGUCAGGAAGCGGCUAAAAUCAUACAAAAGGUGCACUCAUGGAGAAGGGUUUCUGAAAGUGGAACAUGUUAAAGUUCCUGAUACUUCAGUAGCAACUUGGGUGAACAUGAGUAUCAAGGAUUGUGAACAAGAAUGCAGAAGGGAUUGUUCAUGCAAUGCCUACGCAAACAUAGAUAUUGUCGGGAAAGGGAUUGGUUGCCUUAUGUGGUUUGGUGAUUUAAUAGAUACAGUAGAUAAUCUUGAUGCAACAAGUGAUCUAUAUGUUCGCGUUGAUGCAGUUGAAUUAGCGGCUUCCAAGAAAUCAAGCCGGUUUCUUGGAAAGAGGAGUAUGAUUUUAAUUUUCGUAUUGUCUAUUGCUUCAGCUUGGUUUGUGAUUAUCCUAUUGGCAUAUAUACUCAAGAGGAAGAGAGAAAAGGUGAGAGAUAAAUGGAAGAGAAGAUUCAAAGAGAUAAAUGGUCUGACUGCAAAUAAAGUUGGAGAUAGUAGAAGCCAUCUAGCAAUUUUCAGUCACAGGACCAUACUUGCUGCAACCAAUAAUUUCUCUGCAGCUAACAAGCUUGGACAAGGUGGUUUUGGCUCAGUUUACAAGGGUCAACUAGCUAAUGGACAAGAGAUUGCUGUGAAAAGGUUAGAAAAGAAUUCAAGGCAAGGAAUUGAAGAAUUUAAAAAUGAAGUAAUGCUAAUUGCAAAACUUCAGCACAAGAAUCUUGUCAAACUCUUAGGAUGCUGUAUUGAGGAAGAAGAACCAAUGUUAAUUUAUGAAUACUUGUCAAACAAAAGCUUGGACUUAUUGCUUUUUGAUGAAAUGAGAAGGUCAAUCCUAAACUGGAAAAACCGCUUUGAUAUAAUUAUUGGAAUUGCUCGUGGGAUCUUAUACCUUCACCAAGACUCAAGAUUGAGAAUUAUUCAUAGAGAUCUAAAAACUAGUAAUAUUUUAUUAGACGAAGAGAUGAAUCCAAAAAUUUCAGAUUUCGGUAUAGCGAGAAUAUUCGAAGGCAAACAAAUCCAAGAAAAGACGAAAAAAAUUAUUGGUACAUUUGGUUAUAUGUCGCCUGAGUACAUUAUUCGCGGAAAAUUUUCAAUUAAAUCCGAUGUCUACAGCUAUGGUGUUAUAUUAUUGGAGGUCAUUGCUGGCAAGAAGAACAAUAACUUUUGCCCAGAGGAUUCUUCUUCAAGCUUGAUAGAAUAUGCAUGGGAGAUGUGGAUAGAGGAUAGGGCACUGGAAAUAAUUGAUUCAUCAUUGAAGGAGUCGUAUGAUUCUCAUGAAGCCUUGAGAUGCAUCCAAAUUGGAUUAUUAUGUGUGCAAGCUAAUGAAAUGGAUAGACCAACAAUGUCUAAUGUUCUUCUAAUGUUAAGUAGUGAAAUAUCUCUUCCUUCUCCAAAACAAUCUGCAUUUAUUGUUAGUAAAAGAUUUUAUAAUGAUUGUGUAAGAGAAGAAAGAUCGUGUUCUGUAAAUGAGACCACAAUCACUACAGUUGUAAGUCGUUAAAGAUAUAUGUAUUUAUUAAACACCAACAUAGUACGAAACUUGUAAAAAACUUUCUUUUUUUAGUAAAUAUUUUGGACUCUGAUAA